UCUAGAUAUAUCUAUAGCUAGAGCCUAGAUUUAGACUAUAUAGUAUAUAUAUUUUACAUUAGACUAGAUCUACAUUUAAUCUAUAUUAAUUUGAUAGAAUCUAGAUCUUUGAGAUCUAAUAUUUAUGGAUAUAGCUUGAAUCUAGAUCUGUCUGAACUACUGGACUAGCACUAUGGCCUGUAUUACGGGAGAAUUAAGACUUGAGGAGCUUGAUGACUGGUUUAAAAUCGGACUAAAAACAGGUGAAAAAAAAGAGCAGAGACGUCAAGCAAUUGUGACUUCUUCACUUGGUGGUCGCUUGUACGACCCCAAGACUGGAGGUGUUUACCAACGGGAUGUACAAAAAGAUUUAGAAAAACAGUUACCCAAAUAUCUCAGGCUUGGCCUUAGAGCAGGUGAAGGGUUUGAUGGACAAAAAUAUGUGGAACAAUACAAAAAACAGGAAGAAUUAGAAUUAUUGUCUCACUAUCGUGGUUCAACAGACGAUGGAGAUAAUGAAUCUGUUGUCAAUGAUCUUGAUGCACUUGAGUUAAACAGCACAGUACCAGGAAGGUCAAUAGCGAUACCUGAAGACCUUAUUCCAGAAAAAGCGACAGAUGUAUAUUUCAACUAUAAUUUACAGCACAGCUAUGGCGAUCUCCCUGUGCUAAAUGCUAGAGAGGAGAUUGUGAAUGUGAUAGAAGCUCACCAGGUCACAAUUAUUCAAGGUCCGACUGGUUCCGGUAAAACUACUCAGGUCCCUCAGUUCAUCUUUGACCACUAUGCAUCUGAGUCCAAAUACUGCAAUAUUGUUAUUACGCAGCCCAGGAAGAUUGCUGCUGUAUCUAUUGCCCAGCGGGUGUGUGCUGAACGAGGAUGGCCAAUAGGAUCACUCUGCGGCUACCAGAUUGGCCUAGAUCGCAAAAGUACUGAAGAUACUCGUAUACUGUAUUGCACAACUGGAGUUCUUAAAGAGAAACUGAUCCUCAAGAAGAACAUGCAUGAUUAUACCCAUGUUAUUUUGGAUGAGGUUCAUGAAAGAGACAUUGAGACAGACUUUUUACUUUUAAUUGUGAAGAAACUUUUACGAACCAAUUCUAGCCAUGUUAAGAUUAUACUCAUGUCAGCCACAUUUGACACUGACAUUUUUGCUGACUAUUUUGCUUUACCGGUGGGCAACCAUUUAGAGAAGGCUCCAGUUGUCAAUGUAGACUCAGGCCGUCACACAGUAUCAGAGUUUUAUGCAGAUGAUUUAACAUCAAGACUUGGUCCACUUCCUCCAAUAGAUGAAGCUCAACCAGGGAUCCACUCAGCAAUGUAUGACAUGGCCAUUGAGCUUGUGAAACAUUUUGAUCUGAUUGAAGAAAAGGAACAAGGUAAAGAUCAAAGUACAGGGUUUGCUCCAGUUAGAGGAACUGUGCUUAUGUUUCUACCAGGUUAUUAUGAAAUCACCAAUAUGCUUGAGAAAGUCAGGCCUUUAGAAGAAACAUAUUUUGUUAUUCCUAUUCCACUUCAUUCAUCUAUUACAUUGGAUGAACAGAAUAAAGCAUUUAUGAAACCAGCCAAGGGCUUUAGAAAGAUUAUUAUUUCUACCAAUAUUGCUGAAAGUUCAAUCACUGUUCCAGAUAUUAAAUAUGUGAUUGAUUUUUGUUUAACUAAGACUUUAUGCUGUCAUCCUGAGUCCAACUACCCACAAUUACACCUGGAGUGGGCCUCAAAGGCUAAUGCAAAACAAAGAAAAGGUCGUGCUGGAAGAGUGUCCCAUGGGCGUGUUUAUUACAUGGUGCAGAGAUGGUUUUUUGACAGAGUUCUUCCUGAAUAUGGUAUUCCAGAGAUGAAACGUUCACCACUCGAGUCGUUGGUUUUGAAAUCUAAAAUUUUCAAUAUGGGAGAACCUAAGGCUGUAUUGGCUCUGGCUUUGUCACCGCCAAACUUGUCAGACAUAGAGAGGACAAUCCUCAAUUUAAAAGAGGUUGGUGCUCUGUGCUCAUUUGUGGGUGAAACAUGCAACCCCCAUGAUGGUGACCUAACAUUUAUUGGUCGAGUUUUGGCUGAGCUGCCAGUGGACAUCAGAAUUGGGAAACUUUUAGUCCUUGGCCAUGUGUUUGGUGUUUUGGAAGAAUGCCUCAUUAUAGGUGCCGCCUUGACAGUGAAAAGUAUAUUUGCUAAUCCUCUGCAGUCUAGGCUAGAGGCUUACAAGGCCAAGCUGAGUUGGUCUGAUAACUCUCACAGUGAUUGUUUGGCCAUAAUCAAUGCUUAUAAGGUUUGGGAAAACAGAGUCAAGAUGAAAGAAUUCAGCAGAACUGGAAUGACAGAGAAACAAUGGGGAAGGAAAAAUUUUAUUCAGAUUCAAGCUAUCAAAGAGGUCCACAAACUCGUCCAAGAGUUGGAACAACGUUUAAAGAAGUUUAACAUUGUCAAACCUACACAGCCUCCACCUUUUAAAGGUAGUCAUACCAGUGCAGUGGAGAGACUUGUAUUAAAGUUAGUUCUGUGUGGUGCAUUCUACCCCAACUAUGCCUUAAAGGAAGAGGUAGAUGAGAAAGAGGCUGUCAAGCUGUUGUCUAACAAUGAUCCAACAAGAACUGUCAUGGUAAAAAAUCUGCCGAUAAACCAAGGUAUCCUGUACGAACAACAGAUGAGGGAUUUGUUCAGCUGCUGCCAGAAAGAUCCUCCACCUUCUCUAAGUAGUGAGCAAACAAAAGCUUUCAUUGAGUUUCACUGGAAGUCUGGUUCAGUAUCUGAGGGAAGGAUACAUCCUGCUGUUUAUGCUGCUAUCAAACUUAGGCAACUAAAUAUCAAAUUACCAAUCACAUUGUUUGGAAGAGAGGAAACAAAAUCUUGUCUGCAAGAGUUACAAAAAGCUGCGUCUGCUCAGAGAGCAUCAAGUGAUCUCCGUUCUUGCAGGUUGAAAGUAGAUUCUAACACAGGUGAAACAAGCCAAAGCUGUAAUACUGUUAAAAUUGAUCCAGAAACAUCCACACUUCUGCUAAGUGUUACAGAGGUGAAAGAAUGUGGUCACUUCUGGGCCCAGUGUGAUAAUGUGCACAAUGUGGCACUGCUAACAGAGAUACAGUCUGCACUGAAUGGUCCUCACAGUUUUCUCAAGCCUGUGAGUGGAAUGCUGAAACCCGGUGUCUUAGUGGCAGCCCCCUACGAUGAUGAAUCCCCUCUGUAUUACAGAGGUAGAGUGGAAGAAAUCAACACCAUGAAGGUGCCUGUAGCAGGAGCCAUGGCUAAGUCAUCUUUGGUUGCUAAGGUUUUCUUUGUUGACUAUGGCAACACAGAGUUGAUUGAAGUUGGCAUGUUGAGAGACCUGCCAGCUACUUGUCUGAACAAGCCUUACAUGGCAUUAGAGUUUUAUUUAAAAGGAAUCCGUCCAUCCAGUGUCAAAUGUCCAGAUAACUCCUGGAGUCCACAAGCUAAUGCUCUUUUCAAAAGCUGGACUUUAAACAAACUUUUGUUUGCACAGGUCUAUUCAGUGGUCAACAAUACAGUACGUGUGGAACUUGUGGCCAAGUAUAACAAUGGUCAGGAAGUUUGUUUCAAUGAUGAACUGAUCAAUCAAGGAUUUGCAGUCGCUGCUGAAGAAUCUUUCUUAUCACAGCAAAAUCAUACUUGGAGGCAAAACUGUUUGACAGAUGAUACACUGGCAUCUCAACCAGAUUCAUGGGUUCAAGUUAGCCUGCCCUCACAAACAUCCAAGAGACAAAAAGGCAGAAAGGUGUAUCUUGCUGGACCUUACAGUCCCUUAGAGAUGUCCUUCAGUGGUAUGACAUUUAGUGGAAGACUGAUGAGUGUUAGAGUUGACCCAGAAAGUGUGAACUCAGUAGCCAUUGACGAGAACCCACAGGAAAAAUUCUCUCGGCUUUUGGUGUCCAGCUCUACUGGACUGAAUCCUGCUGGUAACAGUCUGAUUGCCCGACAGACAACCUUGCUGCCUCAAAUCCCAGGACUUGCAUCAUUUAUCACUUUAGUGUUCACGCCAUAUGCAGAGUUCAGAACUGAUCCAAAGUGCCAGCGCUACAUUGGUGCUGUGUGUGGCCUGGGCUAUGAUGAUGAGAACCUCUCUGUCUUACCUGAUCAUGACAUUGAGCUGACCUUUGAGACUGAGUUCACAACUGAAGACAUUGUGAUGAUUAAUGAGGUGCGUAUGGCCAUUAACAUUGCGCUAGGAACUGAGGAUACCAUGGCAACCUUUGGUCAGGAUGUCUUUGUCAGAAUACAAGAAAAAGCUAGAGAGAAAAUAUUAAUGUUAUUGAAAAAACAAAGAGAACCAGUGCAGCCUGACAACUUUAUUAAACCAUAUACGUGGAAUCUGAUCCCUCCUGAGCUUGUUCUGCAUCAUGACUUAACAGACACAGAGGCUGACUCGGAUCAUCUGUUAAAGCUGCACAAUGCCAUCUCUCUCAGCUGUGAUAGCAGAACAAUGGAAAAAGACACAUCCGUAUCUUCACAGAAGAAAGAGUACUAUGUGAAACAUCUGGCCUACUUAGAGAAGAUUUCUAAAAGCAAUAAGAGAGAACCCAUUCUCUGUGAGCUGUGUAAGGUACAGACAGCUUCCUCUCAUAUUCUGGCCAUUCAUCUCCUGACAGAACGCCAUCUGAAAAAUGUCAAGCUCUUAGAAGAUGGAAAGUUUAGCUAACAGACCAGUCUGAAGAAAUAGACCAAUUGCGGCAUUCAAAAACUGUGGCACUCAAAAACGUGGAGCUUCUGUACGACAAGAAACAAACGAGUAGACAGGCGUAACAAAUCUGACAGAAUCUCAUCAAAUGUUUUGUUUUGAACAAGAUGACUAAGUGACAUCAAGCUAAGACUUGUUCCUACAUUAUUUGUGUUUCUGCUUUUAUUUACUUUUACUUGUAGUUUUGUUAUUUAUUGAGGACAGUGAAUUUAUGAAUAACAAACAUUCAUUUCUAUGUACCAAUUAAUAAACAUGUAAUGUACUUGAAAGUGGUAUAUCAAAUGACAGGAUUAAGUGAAGUUUAUGAAAUUAUCUAACUUUUGCGUCUAAAGAGUGCCAAUUUCAGGCGCGCAACUGGAAGGCACCUAUGUAUCAUACACAGAUGUGACACUAGAAGUACAGUAUUAUGAACUCUUGAUAUAUUUAACGUAACUUGUUUUAUCAAACUUUUUAAAAAUCUAUAUUGUAUUUUUUUUCUAUCAGAUUUUUUAUUUUAAAUUCAUGAGGGAAAGUUGUGUUCAAGCUAAAUGUCCUUAGAUUGUAUCUAGUUGCUGUCUUUCAAGAUUGUUCCGUACAAUUUUACUGAUCCUGAUUUUUUAUUCUACAUAACACUAAUGUCCCUAGUCAUCUAUGUUAUGUUCCAGCUUUAGUUUACCUGCACUACAAAUCUUGAUUUCUAAACUGUGAGUUAAAUCUUGUUCAUGUCAACAAAUCUUAUUAUUUAAAGUUUUAAGUUUUAGCAACGGCAACUAUUUGUAACCUGAUUUGACAUUUAGUAUACAGACAAACGGUGUGCUGCUUAAAAAAUAAUACAGUUUAGCUUUGUAAUCCAUUUAAUGUAAAGAGAUUAUAGAUGAAUUGUGCUGUCAAAAAGGUUGUCCAGUUUGUUUGUUGAACUCAGAAACAAAACAAAAACAAUUUUCAAUGUUAAUUUUUAGUUUGUUUUUAUUCCAAUCUGUGACCUGGAAAUAUUGAUAUUAAAGAUGUUUUUAACUAAUAGCUUGAUUCUUUUUAAUAUUUUUUUAAAAGGAGCACAACCCAUUGUAUUGUGUACAAAUAGAACAGUGUCUAUUCAUAUUAUCAAAUAAUUUGUAUUCUCUCUUGAAAUAAAAAUAAAUAAAACAUUAA